CCCAGACGAGAAGGAUGCCGUCGUGCGCUCCUCUGAGCCUCCUCUCCCGCCGUGCCUAGCUCUCGUGUGUGUCUCCCCCUGUGUUAACACCCCCUCAGGGUUUGCUAACUAACCCUGGUGCAAAUUGUAUUGUUUGUCUACGUGUUUCUGACAGUGUUAUCCUAAAUCAAGUGAUUUUUUUAUUAAGAAAAAAAGGAUCAUAUUUUAGAAGCAAAAGGGUAUGACAAAAAUAUAGCGAGAGAUUGUUAGAAAAAAAAAACCCGAGGAAUAUUUGUGCAUGUGUGUGUGUUGUUUUUCGUCUUGUUCCUUCUGACAUUCGCCAACAGUGACCAAGAACACGAUGUUGUGAUUCGUACCUGUACAAACCUGGAAUCGUCGAAGGUUUUUCUUCGAUUUUGCUGUUGCGUGUGCAUCGCUCUGCAACGACCGGCGAGAUGUGGCGAAGAAGACAGGCGCUCCUUAUAACGACGUCGGUUUUGUGCAUCUUCUUUCAACAAGGAUGGUGUCUCCUGCAGUCCUUCCGCGUUCCUCCUCAGGACAUCGAGGCCGUGGCAGGAGACGACGCGCUUCUGAGAUGCGAAGUUGACAACCAGCAAGGCAAAGCACAGUGGACUAAGAACGGCUUCGCUCUAGGAUUCAACCGGUCGAUCCCCGGCUUCUCCCGGUUCUCCAUGACCGGUCCCGAAGCAGAGGGCGUCCACAACCUCAAAAUAAGGAACGUGACACUGGAGGACGACGGUGCCUACCAGUGCCAAGUGACACCAAAGGGAGACGCGCUGCCCAUCCGACACGCUGCGACACUAACCGUCUUGAUUCCUCCCUCAAGCAUCGAAAUCGUGGGACGUCGAAAGAACGAGCGGAUAACGGAAAGAGCAGGGAAUUCAAUCACCCUUGAAUGUCUCGUCAAGGAUUCCAAGCCUGUGUCUCAGAUACAGUGGUUUAGAGACGGUGCUGAUAUUAGUCUAGAAUCAACCACAACCGCAGAGUCAGAAUCGGAGACGAACAGCCAUCUCAUGACCAUUCGUUCUACCAUCACGAUCACGCUCUCGCACACGGACAAUGGCAAGAGAUACGGAUGUCGCGCUAUCCACCCCGCCCUCGAACGUACGGCCACGACCAUGGAAACUGAAGUCACCCUCGACGUCCAGUACGAGCCCGGUUUCCCUGAGAUCACCGGUUACACGGAGGGCGAAAUAGUACGUGCAGGUGACAAGAAAACGCUAACGUGUAGAGCGCGAGGUGGAAACCCUUUGCCGGAAGUCUUCUGGUACAAGAAUGGCCAGCAGGUCGACAAGAAUUACAUCAAACACCAGAGUUAUGUCGUGAAUGAAUACGAGUUCGAGGUGGAUGCGUCCGAUAACAUGGCUAAGUACGAAUGCCAUGUUAUGAAUGUGAUGACGUCACAGCCCAAGAAAGCGGAAAUACACCUCAGGGUUAAUUUCGCCGCGUCCAAAGUGACCAUCACGGGGCCUAGCCAAGCCAAGGUCGGCGAUGUCAUCACGAUCACGUGCGUCGCCGAGAACUCGAACCCGCCCUCGGACGUCAACCUCGUCAUCAACGGCCAGACGCCCCCCGGAGCGACGUCCAGGACGCAGAAGGUGCCCAAUGGAGGCUGGAACACGAUCACCAACCUGACGCGGUACGAGGUUCGGCCCAUCGACGCGGAUCUGAUGGUGAAUUGCUACGCGCUCAACCAGGCUCUGGGGUCGACCAAGAUUGACACGGAAGUUAUUAGCGUCCUGCGCCCGCCCGAGACCCCCGUCAUCCUGGGGUACGAGCGGGGCCAAGAACUCCGGAAGGGAGACCGCCAGCGCCUCACCUGCGUCAGCAACGGCGGCAACCCCCUGGCGACGCUCACCUGGUACAAGGGCUCCCAGAAGCUGCCCUCGGAGACGCACCACGACGCCGUCACAGCGCUGGCCGACGUCGACAUCCUCCUCGACGAAUCGGACAACGGGGCCGAGUAUCGCUGCGAGGCCACCAACGAGGCCACGGUGCACCCGCUGGCCAACUCCACCGUGCUGAGUGUCAUGUUUCCUCCUUCUGCGGUCAAGGUCAGAGCUCACCCUCGAGUGAUCAACGCAGGGAGUCCGAUGACGCUAUACUGUGAGUCAGCCUCGAGCAACCCUUACGCCAAUAUCACGUGGUGGAGAGACGGGUUCGAGGUAGACGGAGACUACAGUAUGGAGACGAAGCCAGGGCAGUUUGGCGGCACUGUGACCAACUACAGCGUGAGAGUCGAAGUAACAGCCGACGACGACGGGGCUGUCUACACGUGCCAGGCAGACAACGGCUUCGGUUCCACAACUCACGAUGCAGUUACCAUCUCCGUUCACUACUCCCCCGUGUGGGUGAAGGAACCCCCCAAGGCCCUCGACGUCAAGGAGGGCGAAAACGUCAUGCUCAACGCCAGCGCCCGUGGAAACCCCAACAGCCUGACGUACCUGUGGCGACGCGGCGAGGAGGUGGUCAUGGCAGACAACAUCCUCAACAUCUCGAGCAUCACGAGGGACCAGGCGGGCGUCUAUUCACUCGACGUUUCCAACUCCGAGGGCAACAUCUUCAGGAACGUGUCGAUUAACGUCAAGUACGCUCCGAUCAUCACUGAAGUCACGGGAAGCAGCAACGUUUCCGAAGGCGACUCCGUAACGCUGGUGUGUCACGUGGACGCCGUGCCGAGCCCCGACAUCGAGUGGAGGAGAGAAGGUUACAACUUCGAGAGAACGAAGACGAAGAAGCACGCGACGAGGAACAUCGCCGAAAUGACGAUAUCGAACGUGACCAAAGAGGACACCGGAGUCUUUGCGUGCUUCUCCAAGAACGAGAUCGGCGAGGCAACGGUAGUCAACGCUACCGUCAUUGUUAAACACAAACCCAUCAUAGACACGGCCCCCCAGUUCCAGAAGGCGGCGGCGGAGGCAGGGGGUAACGUCCAGAUGGUGUGCAGGGCAAAGGGCGCCCCCUAUAUCGACUUCACUUGGUACACGAGCGAGAACACGCCCAUCGAGAAAGCUAUCUAUUCGCGAUUUACUAAUAGAUACAGGGUCGAGGAUAGAAAGCUGAUAGACGGUCUGGUAACGUACGAAAGCGUUCUGCACAUAAACAACGUAACAAGCAAAGACUACGGUUUCUUCCAAUGCCAAGCACGCAACUCCAUUGGCUCCUCGCACACAGUCAUUCAUCUGGACGGGACGAGUAGGCCUGAUACUCCUCUCGAUCUGAAGGUGUUGAAUUUCACUCACGAUUCUGUGGACUUGGAAUGGACCCCUGGCUUUGACGGGGGGCUGCCGCAGAAAUACCGAGUCAGAUACAACAUUGAUACAACCAAACGAUACCAGUACGUGGACGUUUACCCCGAGAACUCGACUGUCUUCACCGUCACAGGACUUGCUCUCGGGACGUCUUAUGCCUUCAGCGUCCUAUCGUACAAUGACAAGGGAGAAUCUGGCUUUACUGAUACGGACGUGAAGGCUACAACACUGAGGAUAGCCCCCCCUCAGGAGCGCCCCGUGGAAGGGUCCAAAGUGCCAGCUGGAAGGGUGUCAGGGAUUAUAGUGAUCACUAUAACCCUCGUGGGCAUCGCUCUCCUCAUACUGAACGUGGCACUCGUCGCUUGCUUCAUCAAACGGCGGCGCCUUCAAGCAUCAUCAGACAAGAGUUCCAGCAAAAGCACAACCAUUGAGAUGUACGCACCGUCGUCUUACACGGGCACUGUGACGGGCGAGACCUUGUCAUCGAUAUCCGAGAAGUCGAGGGAGAGUUAUGAACACGAGGACUCGACCGACGAGUACGAGGCCGAGGCGUCGAGGGCGAACGCCACGAGCACCUACUUGAUAGAGCAACUCGAGCCCCCCUCCCAGUACGCCACGAGACCCCCUCCCACAUCCUUCCGCCUCCCCCCUCUCACAAUGACCUCAACAUUGAAGACGGUUAUGAUGAGAUGAUCAGGAACCAGUAUAAUAUAGACCACACCGGCGGCUACGGCACCCUGGGCAGACGGAACCCGGCGCCCGACCACUACAACAUCAACCCCGCAGACAGCCACUACCCGCCGCCCACCCACCGCUACAACACCUACCAGCCGCCCACCCAGCACAUCCUCACCGCCCACAGCCAUGCCCAGAACAACGGGUCCCUUCGGCGGAACCCCCCGUCUAA